AUGGCUGUCCAAGCACCGUCCGCCACGUACCGAUGCUGCCGGCUCGCGGCCCGGUUACAGCAACGAAACAUGUCCUCAUACUGCCUGCGCCUGUCCUCCACAAGCUCCGCAAAUCAAUAUAGACGGAGGGACAGCCCGUCAUGUUCAUUACAGUCGAGAAGAUGGCAGUCGACUGAUGCAGCGGCCGCGCCUACGAAUCCCAAAAUCGCUAGUAUCGUCGAUCAAAUAUCGCAGUUGACACUGCUGGAGACAGCCGACCUAGUUGCAAGCUUGAAGUCGCAUCUCAACAUCCCUGACAUGGCCUUCGCCGCGCCCGCAGCCUCCUCGGCAGCUGGCUCUGCCGGCGCCGCGGCACCUGCUGCUGAAGAGGAGGAAGCUGCACCUGCCCCGGCCGAGAAGACCAUGUUCACCUUGAAACUCCAGUCGUUCGAUGCCGCCGCCAAACCCAAGGUCAUCAAGGAAGUCAAGAGUAUGCUCGGCCUGAGUCUGGUCGACAGCAAGAAGUUUGUGGAGAGUGCUCCUAAGGUCCUCAAGGAGAGCGUGCCGAAAGAGGAUGCCGAGAAGAUUGUGGCGGCCAUGAAGGCGCUGGGUGCUGUGGUCGAAAUGGAGUAA